UUCAUUCUUACGGUUCUCUGGUGAAGAUACCAACAUAAUUGAUUGUUUGCUGGGCAGAAAAUUUCCCCUCUAUACUCGAAUAGUUCGCUCACUUCCUUUCCACCCAAUCCACUUAUCACCCUUAACCACGACCCUGCAACGAUGUCUCUCCGAAUCGUGCCUCCCGCUAAACACGCCACUCAAACAUCCAACACCACAAAGCACGGCGCCACUCCUCACCUGCACAACGGUGCUCCAUCAGCUCCCGGUGUCCCAGACACACUUCGCGCGUCCCUCACCGCCCCAGUUCCUACAUCUGGCCUCCAAGCCCCUUCCUCAACACAUCCACUCGAGGCGCGGUUACUCCAGUGGCGCCAGACGCAAAAUGCGCUAAAGAUGGAGUCUCUUCGACGGAUAUACGGCAUUGCCGAGCCGGUGCGACGGGGUAUGGAGAUGAAGAUUGUGCAAGAGGGACAGUGGAAACCUGCAGCCUUGGGCAGAAGCAAUGAAAGUAGUAUACAUGAGGAUAUCCUGGCUCUCGGAGGAAGGGAGACAGAGGUUACGUGGGAAGAUGUAUUCCAUGCCGAUGAUCUCCGCGAACCCCCCAACUUUCAUGAUGAGAUGGAACAACGACUAAAGAUGAAAUGGUGAUAAUGACUGCUAGUUGUCUCUUGUUUUACUGUCCUCGGACCUGGGUUUCUUGCUAUGCAGCGUCUUCGAUGCGUUUUAGAUGAAGGAUUCAUGUAGCGUUAUGUAUAAUUAGAAAUACAUAACUAAAUACGUUGAGAUUCUUGAACCCGUCUCCUUAAUUCUCGAGGAUUCAACCUACAGUGAAGAAUGCUUUGCCGUACCCAAGAUUCACUAGUAUCUAUUGUCCAGCUCUCGAAUUGUGUCCAACCGUUCGGCGUUGCAUUCAGACGCUGAACCCUGGUC